AUGCGCAUUGUACUUAAAUUUCAAACGACAUUGUUGUUGUUUAGGCUUCGGCCAUCGAGGCAUCGAUUUCCGAUCAUAGUUAGUCUUGACUGUAAUCACGGUGAAACGGAGAAGGUCGUCAGAUCGUUUGGGGACGCUAUAAAGUUUAUAAAACAGCCGAAUCAAACGGAGCCCGUGCUUCCGCGACAACAAAAGAAAUUUGCCGGUUACUACAAGAUUGCUCGUCAUUACCGUUGGGCCCUCAGCGAGGUAUUCUACAGGUUCGGCUACAACGCGACCGUCAUCACUGAAGAUGACCUGGAAGUGGCGAAGGACUUCUUCUCUUACUUCUCAACCACCUAUCCGUUACUGAAGAAGGACGAGUCGCUUUUCUGCAUUUCCGCCUGGAAUGAUAAUGGAAAACCCGGUUUGAUCGAGAAUGACCCUACGCUGUUGCACCGGACGGACUUCUUUCCCGGUUUGGGCUGGAUGUUGACCAAGGAUCUUUGGAACGAACUUGAGCCUAAAUGGCCACAGAGUUUCUGGGAUGACUGGAUUCGAGCUUCAGAGCAGCGGAAGAAUCGCGCCUGCAUUCGUCCAGAAAUAUCGCGAACAGCAAUGGCUUUGGAGGGCAAAAUAGGCGUCAGCAAGGGCCAGUAUUAUGAAAAACAUCUGAAGCACAUAAAGCUUAACAAAGAUGAAGAUAUAGUGGACUUUGAAAAACUUGAUCUCAGUUAUUUGCUAAAGGACACAUAUGAUCAGCACUUUGUGCAAACGGUUUACUCCUCACCUGAACUGACGUUAGACGAGUUUGCCAAACUGGAACGUGAAAAGGUUGUUUCCAUGUCAUCCAUCCGCUUCACGUACACUAACGCGAAAACCUUCAAGCGGUUAGCGACGAAAUUUCAGCUGAUGGAUGAUUUCAGAGUAAGUUGA